AUAUUUAUAUGUUGACAAACAUGCAUAUAAGUGUAGAUAUAUAUAAAAUCCGAAAUUCACUGACAAUUUCCCUUCCCGCAAAAACACACAUAGAAAGAGAAAAAUAGAUAUCACCGAUUCUGCUUGUUUCCGGACGCCUUCAAAUCAUCCUCAAUAAUUCGACAUACUGUUGAAGCCUAUAAAGCCUGAUAAUUUGAAGGAGUGUUUCCGAAACCAGUUAAACAAAGCUAUAGGCUGUUUCUCUCCAUUGAAAUAUCGGGGUUGUUUUUGCGGGAAAAGGACAAUGCUAAAAUUGCUCUCAUGAAAAUUUUGGAUUCUGGUUUUGGUGGAACAACUGGACAUAUUUCUGAUGGGUGUCAACUUCUUAUCCAUUUCUGUUGUCUGUACCAUUCUGAGCCUGGUUGGCGUCCAGUAUUGGACAGAAAUCUCACUUGAAAAGCAUCAAUCAGAUGUUUUGAUUGUAAAUGAUCUUAUCAAUUCAGAAAAUGCAACCCAUACUCUUGAGCUUCUUUUUGGUUCAUACAUGACCCUUUUGCUGGUUUCCAGUUUGGCAUUUAAUGUCAUCAUCUUGGUAAUUUUAGGCCUAAAGACAGUAUUCUUUUCGGAGCUGUAUACAUCUGAAAUCCGAAAAAUGCUUGAAAGGCUCGUGAAUUACAUCAUCUACAAGGGGACUUUUCUUCCAUUGGUAGUCCCACCAACAAUAUUUCAAGCAGGUCUAUGGUCAACUUGGUUAGCCAUGCUUUGCUUCUUAAAGAUGUUUCAAGCUUUAGCUAGGGAUCGACUUGAACGCUUGAAUGCUUCUCCUUCUGUCACUCCAUGGACAUACUUCCGUGUAUAUUCUGCUUUGUUGCUUGUUUUCUCUGUUGACUUGCUCUGGAUAUUUCUAUGUCUGACAAUCUACAGUGCAAUGACUUCAUCAAUAUUUUUGUUGUUAUUUUUUGAGCCUUCUAGCAUAGCUUUUGAGACACUGCAGGCCAUUGUGGUCCAUGGAUUUCAGUUGCUUGAUAUAUGGAUGCAUCACUCUGCAGGAGAUGCUGCAAAUUGCCGAUUAUCUAAAAUCUUCAAUAUGUCUUCCGCAGGUUCACUGGGGGAAUGGAAAGGCAUGCUUAUCCGGAAUUUGGGAUUUUUCCUUGACAUGAUGACAUUGCUAAUGGCUCUUGCUCACUACCUAUAUAUCUGGUGGCUUCAUGGCAUGGCAUUUCAUCUUGUAGAUGCAGUCCUUUUCCUAAAUAUUCGUGCCCUUCUAAGUGCUAUUGUGAAGCGUGUCAAAGGUUUCGUCAAACUGCGUAUGGCUUUGGGAACCCUUCAUGGAGCACUUCCUGAUGCCACAUCUGAAGAGCUCAAAGCAUAUGAUGAUGAGUGCGCAAUUUGUAGGGAACCGAUGGCUAAAGCUAAGAGGCUGUCAUGUAAUCAUUUAUUCCAUCUUGCAUGUUUGAGAUCUUGGUUGGAUCAAUGUUUAAGUGAGAGUUACUCAUGCCCCACUUGUCGGAAGCCACUCUUUACAAGCAGAUCUGAAAGUAGUGUAAAUCCAAAUGCUGCAGAUUUGUCUAGAGAUGAGCAACUUGCUCAUCAGAUUAGUACUGCACUCAACGGGCCAGAUCUUCCCGGUCAUAACCUUCACCCUGGAGUCUUUUCCAACCAGUCACAGAACCUAGAAAUGAGUGAUUGGAGUAGGAGGACGGGUGUCAAUUUAAGUUGGUUAGGUUUAGAUGGAGCUGGCCCGUCUGGAUUUAAUCGUGUUCAGAUGUUAAUGAGGCAACUUGAUGUUGGAGAAACUUAUGCACAGGGUACACUUGAAGAUGCCGCGUGGAGUCUGUUUCCUCCAAACCCAUCUCAGAUUGGUACCUCCAGAUCACCUAUUCCUCCUGCUGCCUCAACAAGAUAUCCCGGAGGCACUAGUGGUUUGCAUGUCAGGUCAACAUCUAAUGCUGCCAACUCCAACUUAGAAAAUAUAAUUGCAAUGGCUGAAACAGUUAGAGAAGUGCUGCCACACGUUCCAGACGAAGUAAUCUUUCAGGAUUUGCAGCUGACAAAUUCGGCAAUGGCUACUGUGAAUAAUCUUUUGCAAAUGUGAUUGAAUUGGCGAUACUGUUGUCGAAUGAUGUACAGACCUUAACAGUGCAGGCCGAAGCGGGUUGAGGCUCGGAAUGCACAUGAUUAUGAGGUUUGUGCAGUAGAAGCUCCCCCCUGUGUACAGCAGCAGCACACUAAAACAUCCUUGAGGAAAUGUGCAAAUAAUUAAUUUUGUUAGGAAAAAUAAAGCAAAUUCAGUCUAAAUGAAUGGAUGAAAGAACGAAAGGGCUCUGUUGUAUCUCUUUGUAGUUGCCAUUUUUCAUUAAUUUACUUGUGCCGAAUGUUGUAGUCCUCCUACUCAAGACCUCUUGAUGUUUCAUGAAAUAUAUGUAAGUUCUCCUCCA